GUGUAGGCACUAGCUGGAUAGGUCCCAGGGGCUCCAAGUGGGCUCUGUGAGAAUGAGACAAAGAAUCCCUUGGACAUCCCUGAGCUGUCUUCAGGUCCCAGCACUGCAUGUGCAUUCAUUUCCUCAUAGUGUGGUGAUAUGCUGCUCCUCAUGCAUCCCCAUGUUCUGCUUCCUCCCUGCCCUCUCUCCCAGGUGUACCUCCAACCCCAAGACAUGUCCUGCUGUGACCAGUGUGCGCCAUGUCAGCCCUGUGGCCCCACCCCUCUGGCCAGCAGCUGCAAUGAGCCCUGUGUCAGGCAGUGCCAGAACUCCACCAUUGUGAUCCAGCCCUCUCCUGUGGUGGUGACCCUGCCUGGACCCAUCCUCAGCUCCUUCCCACAGAACACCGCCGUGGGAUCCUCCACCUCCGCUGCUGUUGGCAGCAUCCUCAGCUCUGAGGGAGUGCCCAUCACUUCGGGGGGCUUUGACCUCUCCUGCAUUUCCAACCGCUACUGUGGCAGAAGGUGCACUCCCUGCUAAAGACAUUGAACACCGACCAAGACAAAGACCCCCAGUAAUGCUGAACAUGGCACUGGACAGAAGAACCAAUGUUGUGGUGCUCUAUUUACCCUGCAAGACAGACAUAUACAGGCCAGCCUGGAGUCUCUGACAACAAGGAGAAGUUCUACUGAUACUCUCUUCCACUCACUCUUCCUAUCUCAUAUCAUUACUGUCUUUUCCCCUUUGAGAUCUCUGUUAAUAUCCCCUAAAAUGCGCCCUUAGUCAUAUUCUUGCCUCUCUACAACACUGGUCUGGGAGAUAGGGCUCUGUGGCAGAGCUGCCAUAGGAAAUGGGAACAGAUUCUUGUCUGCUCCUGCUGCUUGCUGCACUGAGAGCGCACUCCUCUGCUUGGAGUGACUUCAUUUCCCUCCUCACACUUAUUAAAUGUUUUCUGCAUCAUUUAUUAUGUCCUUCAUGUGUUUUCAUUCACCUUCAUAUAGAUGGACCAAGGAGAAAUAACAUGGCUUUGGAUGGAAUUAGCUGAAGAGAUUCCAUCACUCCUUCAGGUACUGGAGGCAGUCAGCACUGCAGACAUUCCUUUUUUCUGGCGCUGGCCCUUGUAGCAGAAGACAUUCCUAUACAUUGCUCCACAAACAAUGACAAUCAGUCCCUUCUUUGCUGUGUUUGUCCUUAUGCAUGUCUCCUUCACAUCGUCAGGAGAGGAUCUCUGUGCAUGGUGGAGGCCCAAGGAAGUCACAAGUCCCACAAGCUCUCUGGGAAGGGGGUUCCUCUUGGUUUGGGUGGAGCUGUGGUGGGGAAGAAGGCUCAGAGAAAGAUGUUCCCAAAGGCCAUCAGGAUCAGGGAAGGCAUGUUUGUCUC